UCGGUUCCAACGGGUUUCCUGUAAUUUGUAAACCGAUUUUCUUUCUUCGGAAUAAAUAGUUAGCUUUUCUGAUGUUCUGUUUGAUUUCUAUAGAACAUGGCUGAUUCAAUAUCUACUCGUUGUGCGAAACUCAACCAGAUUUUUGCCGGAAAAAAUGUUGGUCGUAAGUCGUGCGGAACUUUCACUCGCGAAGCACUUUUGGAUGCCUUUCUGCUACUCUUCGAUGAAUGUAACUCGGAGUACAUGCUCAAGGACAAGAAUAUUUCUGGAUUUGUCAAGAAAUAUCAGCCGAUGGUUGAUGAUCUUCGAAAGAUUUGCUUAUGCAAGGAUGAUUUCGAGGUUUUGAACACUAUUGGCAGAGGGCAUUUCGGACAGGUUCAAGUUGUCAAAGACAAACACGGUGGGGAUGUGUUUGCUAUGAAAACAUUGAAGAAGAGUCAAACACUGGCUCAGGAAAGUGUUGCUUUCUAUGAUGAAGAAAGAGAAAUAAUGGCACUAUGCAAUAAUCCUUGGAUAACAUCACUACAAUACGCUUUUCAAGACAUCAAUAACUUGUAUCUUGUGAUGGAGUAUCACCCUGGUGGAGACCUAUUGUCUUUGUUAAGCAAGUAUGACGAUAUACUAGAGGAGGAUGUUGCACGGUUUUAUCUUGCUGAGAUGGUCAUGGCUGUUCACAGUCUUCAUGUGUUAGGCUAUGUGCACAGGGAUAUCAAGCCAGACAAUGUCCUUCUUGAUCGAACUGGACACAUUAAAUUAGCAGAUUUUGGUUCAUCAGCCAGACUUUCAGUAGAAAAAAAGGUACACAGUAAAAUGCCAGUCGGCACUCCUGAGUACAUUGCACCUGAAGUGUUAACCAGUAUGGAUGGAUCAGGUGGUCCAUAUGGAGUGGAAUGUGAUUGGUGGUCACUUGGUGUUGUUGCUUUUGAGAUGUUGUGUGGACAGACACCGUUUGAGGCGGACUCAGUAGUGAUAACUUACAGCAAGAUCAUGAAUUACAAGACAUCCUUGCAGUUUUCGAAGGAUGCCCAAGUCAGCAAAAACGCAAGGGAUUUGAUUCUAAAAUUGUGCACUGACUGUAAGUCAAGAUUGGGUUAUGAGGGACUUCUUUGUCACCAGUUCUUCAAUGGCGUUGAGUGGAAUAAUUUACAAGAGACCGUGCCGCCGUACGUCCCAAACCUGGAUGGUGCAGCAGACACAUCACACUUUGAUGAAUUUGAACCCGAGAGCCCUGAUGUGAUAGCACACCUGGAAAAGUACAACUUAAACGACGGCAAGGGAUUCACAGGCAAAGAUCUUCCAUUUGUCGGCUUCACUUUCUCAAGAAAUCUUGCCAACAGUGUUCCUUUUUCUCCUAGGAAAGCCGGAAGUCUUCCCAACUCGCCCAUGUCAUCUGGUCUGCCCCCGAGCCGUCUGGAACGAAAACUGACGAUCAAGGCUAAAGAACUGAAGGAUGCGCUGCAGUCAUGUCACACUCUAAAAGAUGAAAGUGUCUGUAUGAAAAAGAGCUUGGAAGAACUUCAAAGCGCAUUAGAACAGAAAGACAAAGUGCUAAGGAACGCCGAGUAUGAAAGAGAUCUGCUUGAAAAGGAGAAGGUCCUCUAUGAUACUCAAGUCAAGGACCUACAGAGACGCCUUGAUCUGGAGAGAGCUGAACGAAACAAGACGGACUCUGCUACUCUUAAACUGCUUUCGGAACUGAAAGAAGACAGUGAAAAGGCGAAUGAACUGAGAAACCAGGAGAGCAGGGAGAAUCUCGAGGACCUUCAACAAAUUGUAGCCCAGUUGGAAAACGAUCGGUUUAUAGCCAGUAGACGUGCUCAACGAUUAGAAGAAGAGCUGAAAUCGCAAGAAAAGCUUCUUGAAGUCAGUAAGAGCCGAAUCAAUGACCAUCAAGCCAGAAUGACAAAGAUGAAUGAAGAAGCAAAGAGGAGCAUGAUAGAAUGGCAAGAAAAACUGGACAAAGUCACUAAGGACAGCAACGAAAGAAUCACGGAACUACAGCAAAAGUUGACGAAAUCCUUACAGUCAAACCAAGAAGCAACUGAAUUGUUAGGAAACGUGCGGAAAACUAAAGACGAACUUCAAAAAGAAUUCGAAAAGCUGAAGAAGUCAAGCAAGUUAUCGAACUCCACAGAAGAGGGAGGAAAGUCGUGUAAAGAUGCUCAAAUCAAGCGGACUGAAGAGGGCGAUAACAGUGUACGAGAGCGUUUUAGAGAAAAAUCGGCUGAAGUACGUAAGCUUCAAAGUAAGAUAAUGGAUUUAGAGGAUCAAUUGUUUCAAAGCCAGAGAUCACAAAAGAAGUUAGAAAAGGAUGCUGCAAACAGGCAGGCUCAGGAGGAAAAAAUACAGGAAAUGGAGAAAGAAAUUGAUACUUUAUCACGAUACAAAAGAAAGAUUGAAAAUACCAACAACAGACUUGAGAGUGAGCUGGAGGAAACGAAAAAGCUAAUGGCGUCACGAGAUCAGAAAAUUGGUGCCUUGACGGGAAAGUGCAGGACAUUAGAGGAAAUGCUUAAAGAGAAUGUUGAACUCAGCAGAAGAAGCUCAGAGGCAGAUCAUGACAACAAUGGAAAACAAGCAAUCAAUGGAGCUGAAUUGGAAAAGUUAUGCGAUGAGAAAGAGAUGAUGACGAUUAAGUUGACCGGGCUGGAGAGUGACUUAAAAAUUCAACAGCAGAAAAACUCCUCUCUGGAGAAGCAGCUUGAAGAUUCAGACCAUAAUUCGAAAAAGCUUGCUAAAGAAAUGGAGCGAAAGGUGCAAGAACUUGAGAAGCAACUAAAUGAGCUUUCUAUAGAACGUUCUGAAUUGAGAUCAACGAAGAAGGCAUUGGAGGAAACCAUUCUCAAAUUGGAGAAUGAGAUUGACACCAGAGAAUUUGAGUUGGAGCUAAAGGCCUCGGCCAGGCAGGAUAAGAUUACCAGAACAAUGCAGGAGAAUCGGUCAGAGGUUGUUCAGGAAAUCCACGUUCAACUAAGUGAAAUGUCCAAUCGCUGCAACGAACUGGUGGCACAAACCAAAGAGCUGGAAAAGAAGGUUGAAGAACUUACAGACGAAAAUUGUGAUCUUAAGGUUACAAAGGAGAAACUUGAAGAUGAAUUGAAUGAAAAGAAGAGGGCAGCUGAAGGCAUAGAAUUUACCAACUCGAUGUUGAAAUCUACUUGUACUAUGCUGGAAAAUCAAGUCGAGGAACUGGAGAUUAUCAACGAGGACUUUGAAGAAAAACAGUUACAAUGGAAUAUCACAAGGGGAGAUUUGGAGCAAAAACGAGAGAAAAUUGAGUGUGAACUUGUGGAAAAUCGGCGUUCAUUGGAACAGGAAAAAAUAGCACGUUUGGCUGCCGAAGAGAAAGUAUCCAAGCUACAAGAUGCGUUGAAAGAAGUGCAAAACACUCAUAUCAAGGAGGUUAGUGAGAUGAACGCUCAACUGGACAGACAGAGACAACGAUGCGAGGAGCUGACAGAAGCGCUCAGCGAAGCGGAGACCAAAUUUGGAAUGGCCCAACUGGAUAUUAAAUCCUUGGAACGCAAACUUCAACUUGGAAUUGAAGACAACAACAAGCUGAAGAUUGAGGUUGAGCGAUUCGAGAAUCAAACUUCCAAGUUGAAGUCCAGUAAUUUUGAGUUGAACCAGAACAUCGAGGCAGCUAUGGAGAAGUGCGAUGAAUUGACAUGCGAACGGGCUGCUUUAGCUGAGCAGCUUGAUCUCAUGGAGGCUUCGCAUGCCGAAGAACGCCUCAAGCUAGAGGCAACUAACUCUCAACAGACCAAACUGAUUGACUUCUUGCAGUGCAAAGCUGAAGGCCAAGCAUCUAAAAAGAAAAAGCUUAUCGGCGGUGGCAGUAAGUCGUGGCGUAAGAAACCAGAGAGUAGUAUUAAUGUGGUGCCGCAACAAUGGCGAGACCUGCAGCAGGCGCUGGAGAAAGAAAGAGCUUCCAGUUUGAAACUACAGACUGAACUGAAUAGGAUUCGGCAAGAAAUGCAGGCUGCUAAAAUGGAAGCUGUACACUGGAAAUCACAAAACACCGGUAGUGCUACUCCAAAACCGGCCCAGUCUUACGCAGUUUUGUCCGCGAUCCAACAGUCGCCCAGCAACCAACCGAGUCCGUUGGGUGCUCAAAACCAGUCAAAGACUCCAAAGAAUGCAGCCACCCCAGCCGGCCGCGGAACAUCACACAGACCAAAAGAGAGGAUGCAUCAUAAUAUACCACACAGGUUUGUUAAUGCCCUGAACAUGCGUGCUACUAAGUGUGCCACGUGUUUGGACACUCUACACUUCGUGCGUCCAUCAUCUCGUUGUGCUGAGUGUGGCCUGGUUUGCCACGUGAAGUGUGCACCAACACUUCCACGUACCUGUGGACUACCAAGUGAGUUUGUUGAUCACUUCACUGAAACUCUUCAGGAACAGAAGAACGAUAAAAAUGACGGCAAGUCACAGAGCACCACUCGGCUGGGAGGCAGGAGAGAAGGAUGGCUAAGGGUACCACGUUGCGGUUCUGUGAAGCAUGGAUGGGAGAAGAAGUGGGUCGUCCUUGCCGAUCAAAUGCUGCAGCUUUACGACAAAGAAAACAUGGGCGAAAAUUCGUCACCAUCCGAAGUACUACACUUAUGUGGCAAAGAUGGUCACGUCACCGUUCAUUCCGCUGUCAUGUCAUCAGAAUUGAUAGGUACCGCCCCUACGGAUCUGCCCUACAUACUAAGGGUGGAGUCACGCCAGAGAUGUUGGCCCGUUCAGAAUCUUUACAUCUUAGCGCCUUCAUUCCCAGUCAAACAGAAAUGGGUCGCCUCUUUGGAGUUCGUCUUGGAUGAGAUUAAGAAGAAGAAUAUCAACGGCGAGGAUCAGAAGCUCAUGGGUAACGUGUUAUUACAUUUGGAGGAGGGCGAGCGUCUUGAUAUUAACUGCACAAAACUACUUAAUGAUGAGUUGGUUCUCCUUGGCGCCGAAGAAGGUCUCUUUUCUCUGUCGCUUGACGCUCCAGGAAAACACUCGCCUCGAGCCAUCCCUGGAAUCGAGAGAGCGUUUCAGAUCGAUAUCUUGAGUGACUUGAACCAAGUUAUCAUGAUUGCAGGAAAAGACAGACAGCUGUGUAGUGUUGAUCUUAAGCAAGUCACAAGCCGCGCGCGGCAUUCUAACUCUACUGUGCCAAUAUUAGAGCUGACUUCCCAGGGAAUUGAAAAAAUCACCAAUUGCCAUUUGUUUGCUGUUGGGCAGUGCGAGGGUAACUUCUACAUUUGCGCUGCAACUCCCAAAAGCAUUCUACUGUUGCGAUACAAUGCAAGCAUUGGGACAUUUUGUACCCGCAAGGAGAUCGAGACAAGCGAGCCAUGUAACUGCAUCCAUUUCAGUGAGAAUAACGUAAUCUAUGGUACUGGGAAGUUCUACAUUCUGGACAUAAAGCAACACGUUGUAAAAGAAUUUCUGGACUGCAGAGACCCUUCAUUGGCCUUCGCAGUUUAUGGAGCCGCUCAACUGAACAUAUUUCCAAUCGCCGUUCUCGAUGUCACUUCUGCUGGUUCAGACCAAGAAGAAUUGUUACUUUGUUUUAACGAGUUUGGAGUGUUUGUGAACUGCUUUGGUUCUCACAGCAGGCCAAAACCUUUGAUGUGGAGCAGACUGCCGCUUGCUUUUGCAUACAGUGAGCCAUUCCUGUUUGUCACUCAUUUUAAUUCAAUUGACGUUUGUGAAAUCCCACCGAUCAACGCCGAAAAUCCCAGUCGGUACGUGCACAAGUUUAUGGAAAUUCAAAAUCCACGAGUCCUUGGUCCAGCGGUCUCUCCUGGUGCAGUGUACCUCGCUUCCACGUUACACGAACAAGUGGAGAUGCUAUGUUUCCAAGGUAAUGCAGCUCCUGCAAGUGUCUUCCAACCCGAGGACGAUGAAGAAAGCAUGUCGGUCAUUUCCGAGCUAUCCCGACUGUCGAGCCCGAGCCGUCGUUCAUCGAUGUUGGCUCGUUCCCCUUCGUGGAGUCCUGGAUCUGCCUGGGUGAAGUCGCCGAAAGGAGGAAAUCUUAAAAAGAGCAGCACUUUUCGCGCAGUAAGACCUCUGAUGGAGGAAAACAUGUGACUUGUCAGUUAUAAGAACUCGUGAAUAAUGCAUCGUCACCAUAUAGUAAAAUAGACGAUUCUUAUGCAUUAGUGAAUUAGAAUGCACGCGAAAGUAUUCAGUAAACGGCAAUCUGUCCGUUACAUCAUUGUCGCGCUCAAAAGUAGUCAAAAAAAUGGAAAGGUUUGCCAUUGAUCUGCCAUAUUUGGCGAAUGUAACUGGGAAUCACAUUUAACCAUGUGCAAAGGUUUCAAACGUUACUGAUCAGCGAGUCAUUCCGCGACACAUCGUCCUUGCUUGGGUAUGGGACUUAAGGAGUCUCGGAUGACGUUUUCUUCACAAAAGCCGUCUAAACUUUCCUUUUGUAUAAAAAACCCAGCUUUUGAUCGAAGGAUUAUUACGUGAGAGUACUCUUACUAUGAAAAUAUUGGUAAGUCAUGAUGGUAGUCCUUUCCGUUUGAAACCGAAGCGCGGUGUUCCCCAAAUAAGAGUCCGUCUUGUUCAAUGCGAGACUCGGAAAACCGUGAACACUGUGAUCAGCUUCUUAUAAGUCGGUUGUCUGCUAGGGAAAUGCGAGAAAACCUCGAAACCACAAAACAAACAACUGUUGCUUUUGCGGUUUAGUUUGCUCACCCACUGUUGGUUUUUCCCUCGACACACUAAAACAUUCCAUAAAUAUAUCUGGUGUUCACGGUUUUCCGAGUUUUGACAUCAACAUCAAAUGUGUACAUAGUAAUACAACAUGGUAAUACAAUUAUGUGGAAGUUAUCCGGAAGCUUCUGAAUAAUGAAUCAGGCAUAUCAGAACACCUGAGUAACUGUAACAUUUUCGGCGAAUUUGCCUUAUUGUCCAAUUGUUCAAAUGGAUCGUCUUUUCAAAUUACUCUUAAAAAAUCGAUGAACUUCAGUUUUGAUAGUCUCAACUAUAGUUUUAAUCACUAGCGUUAUUGGUUAUGCAAGUCUGAAUCAGUAUUAACAAUAACACCUGCUCAUUUUGGCCGCUUCUCAGCUUCACGAAGCUGAGACAAAAAGUGUGCACAAUUAGUUCCCCUGUUGUGGACUGAUCAAUCAGUUUUUUGAGGACAUGGAAAAAUGUUUACAUCCGCAAAUUCUUGUGACACGCCCUCUCUGCUACAGUAAUUUUAAUUUUUUUAGGUUAGAGCUAAUAAAGAAUCCGAUAAAGAUUU